GCAGUGCCCGUGUGUGUGUGUAUGCAUGUGUUUGGAGUUGGUUGGGCUUUGAGCAAUGGAAGCGGACGCGAGUCAAGUCACCUCUGGAAGCCUGAACGAUUCGCAACACGACCCGGGUAAAAUGUUUAUCGGUGGACUCAGCUGGCAAACCUCACCAGACAGCCUUAGAGACUAUUUCUGCAAAUUCGGGGAGAUCAGAGAAUGUAUGGUGAUGCGCGACCCCACCACCAAACGCUCCAGAGGGUUUGGCUUCAUCACGUUUGCAGAUGUUUCCAGUGUAGAUAAAGUCUUAGCUCAACCACACCACGAAUUAGACUCCAAGACGAUUGAUCCUAAGGUCGCCUUUCCUCGACGUGCUCAACCCAAGAUGGUCACAAGAACAAAGAAAAUCUUUGUGGGUGGAUUAUCAGCGAGCACAGUGGUCGAAGAUGUGAAGCAGUAUUUUGAACAGUUCGGAAAGAAAACUACAAAAUUCGGCUUCGUAACGUUCGAGAAUGAAGACAUUGUAGAGAAAGUCUGUGAAAUUCAUUUUCACGAAAUCAAUAAUAAAAUGGUAGAAUGUAAGAAGGCUCAACCAAAGGAGGUGAUGUUUCCUCCAGGCACGAGGGGGAGGGCGAGAAGUCUUCCCUACACCAUGGACGCCUUCAUGUUGGGCAUGGGCAUGUUGAGUUAUCCAAACAUUGUGGCAACGUAUGGUCGUGGAUACACAGGAUUCUCUCCUAGCUACAGUUACCAGUUUCCAGGUUUUCCAGCGACGGCGUACGGACCGGUGGCGGCGGCAGCAGUGGCGGCAGCACGAGGCUCAAAAGGACCUUU